GACUCUACGGAAUUUGCUCUCCAAAGGAUCAUUUAGUAUUCUCAUGGUGGACUUGGGAGUGCUGCAGAUUGUUCAGAGCUUGAAAGCGCAGGCUUGGAGUGAUGAGGAUCUUUUGGACGCUCUGAAUCAACUAGAACAAGGAUUGAAGGAUAACAUCAAAAAGCUGAGUUCGUUUGAUAAGUACAAGCAAGAAGUCCUUCUAGGCCAUCUUGAUUGGUCUCCGAUGCACAAAGAUCCUAUAUUCUGGUGCGAAAACAUAAAUAGUUUUGAGGAGAAUGAUUUCCAGGUAAUACCUUGUGAAUUGCAAAAAUUCCCAAGCUUACAUGUCUUUAGGCUUUAAAGCACAUGUUCCAUAUCAGCGUGAAAUACAACACUAUCUUGGUGCAACAUUAACAAAUGCUUUUCAUCUGAAGAACCAGACGUUUCUCCUGGGUUC